AAGAAAAUACAGUAUCAUCAAUAAGCACGACAACGUCAAAUGGUCAAAGAUCAAUUUCAUCGUUCAAAAUUUCGAAUUGAAUAGUUUAUAUCUUUGAAUCAUGCUAAACACGGGAAAACUUGCUGGAAAAACAAUUUUUAUUAGUGGAGCAAGUCGUGGUAUUGGUAAAGCUAUAGCUUUAAAGGCAGCAAAGGAUGGAGCAAAUAUUGUCAUUGCUGCUAAAACAGCUGAGCCACAUCCAAAGCUUCCAGGAACAAUUUACACAGCUGCUGAAGAAGUUGAAAAAGCUGGAGGACAGUGUCUGCCAUGUAUAGUUGACAUACGAGAUGAAUCGGCCGUAAAAACUGCGGUAGAAAAAGCUGUUCAAAAAUUUGGUGGCAUUGACAUUCUUGUAAAUAAUGCAAGUGCUAUUAGCUUGACUGGAACUUUGGCGACUCCUAUGAAGAGAUACGACCUAAUGAACGGUGUCAAUACCAGAGGAACAUUUUUAUGCUCUCAAGCGUGUAUUCCAUAUCUGAAAGUGGCCAAGAACCCUCAUAUUUUAAACAUCAGUCCGCCAUUAAACAUGAAACCUCUUUGGUUUAAAGCAUACACGAUCGCUAAAUAUGGUAUGUCCAUGUGUGUUCUUGGUAUGGCUAUGUGUGUUCUUGGUAUGGCUGAAGAAUUUAAAGAUGAUGGUGUAGCAGUGAACGCUCUUUGGCCAAAAACAGCUAUCAAGACAGCAGCAAUGGAGAUGCUUGCUGGUGGAGAUGCUCUACAACAAUGUCGUAAGACAGACAUCAUGAGUGAUGCGGCUUAUGUUGUACUAACUACAGACAGUAAAUCAAGGACUGGUGAAUUUCUUAUUGAUGAGGAUGUUUUACGUGAAUUGCUGUAUGCCAUCAUCACUGUUUACAAAUCUCCACGGACCACCAUAUGAAGCAUGUACACAAUGCGUACCUAUUUUGAAUUGCUGUAUGCGACAAUCACUGCUUACAAAUGUCCACUGAGCACUAUAUGAAGCAUGUUCACAAUGCGCACCUAUUUUGAAUUGCUGUAGGCCACCAUCACUGUCUACAAAUCUCCACGGAC